UUCCUCUACCCGCAGGCCAUCGCUUGCAUAUUAGUGCAAUGCGCCCUCACUCAAAACUACGAUAAGGAGAAUCGCCGCCUUAUUCUGCAAAUUAAAGACCAAAAAACGACCAAUCAACAAUACUAUUCGUCAAAUUUUGAUACCAAUGCUUACCGUUAUGGCUAUGAUAUCGGUAAGACGGGCAACUUUCAUCACGAGACCCGCGGUCCCGACGGCGUUACCUAUGGUUGUUAUGGUUACGUUGAUCCCAAUCACGUAUUACGUGCAACACAUUAUGUUGCCGAUACACACGGUUAUCGUACCGUUGAACCAAAGAAACCGGUCGAGGUGUAUCCGGUGUAUGGCGAGGGGGGCCAUGGUGUGAUUUUGCAAUGGGAUGAGCUAUACUUCCCCAUAGGCUGCGGCAAGUUCGAGGGUGGCGCACGACCAGAAUUUCCAGUAUUACAUUUCGGUGAUAAGAGUAAGCCCAGUGGUUUUACGCCAGGCUUCUCACUUUCUAACGCAGCAGGCGUACAAAAAGGUUCAGCCAUACUCAGUCCAUCACGUUAUGCCGAUCGUGAGCGCAUACCAGCACCUUCAGCGCAUGUUGUGGCCACUGUGCGACCCGGCACCAAUGGUCCUUAUCCUGGUGAUAAUGGCGACGGUAAAUAUUAUGGUGGUAAUGGACAAUAUAAUAGCGGCAGCGGUCCAAAUAUUCCUGCCACCGGCCCAAAUAUUGCUGGUAUCGAACCAUAUGAUAGUGGAAGUGGCCAAUACAAUGGCGAGAACGGCCAGAAUAAUGGUGGAAAUGCACCAUAUAGCGGCGGAAACAGUGACAAAUAUGGAGGCGGCCAAUAUCCUAGUGGAUCAUCGGGCUCAGGUGGCCAAUAUCCUAGCGGAUCAUCGGGCUCAGGUAGCCAAUAUCCUAGCGGAUCGUCGGGCUCAGGUGGCCAAUAUCCUAGCGGUACGUCGAGCUCAGGUAGUAAAUAUCCUAGUGGUUCGUCGAGUUCAGAUGGUAAAUAUCCUAGCGGAUCGUCGAGUUCAGAUGGUAAAUAUCCCAGCGGAUCAUCGAGUUCAGGUGGCCAAUAUCCUAGCGGAUCAUCGAUUUCAGGUGGCCAAUAUACUGGCGGAUCGUCGAACUUAGGUGGCCAAUAUUCCAGCGGAUCGUCGGGCUUAGGUGGAGGCGCAGGCGCUGAUGGCAGAGGCAACGAUAAUGGAGGCAGAGGAAGCGGCGGUGGAGCCGCUGGCAGCGGAGAUGGCGAUAGAGGAGGAGCUUACAGGCCCGGACCGCUUGGAGGAGUAGGUCCGGGCGGCCCAGGAGGGCCGGGUGCAUUGGCAUACGUACACACCGGCUCUCCUGGGGGUCCGGAUGGAGCAGAAAAUGGUAAUUAUGAAGGUUUUGAUGGUCGUUAUAAAGGUAUUAAAGAAGGUCAAUAUGUCCCGGACAAUUCGGGAAAAUAUGUUCACAUUGAAGGUCCAACUGGUCCACCAGCUCCACCAUAUGUGCAUAUAGAGGGACCCGACGGCGGCUUCGGCGGUAACGGCGGCUUUGGCGGCGUUGGCGGCAGAGGCGAUGGCGGCGGUGUCGGACCAGGCGGCCCAGGCGGACCUAAGGGACCCGGCGGUCCGAAGGGACCUGGCGGCCCAAAGGGACCACCCGGCCCACCUGGUCCACCAGGACCACCAGGACCAUUCGGCCCUACUGGACCCGGCCCUAAGGGACCAUUCGGCCCACCCGGUCCACCCGGCCCAACUCGUCCCGGCCCAGGCGGCCCACCCGGACCACCAGGCCCACCCGGACCCACACGUCCCGGUCCAGGCGGUCCAGGCGGUCCACCCGGACCCACACGUCCCGGUCCAGGCGGUCCACCUGGACCACCAGGCCCAUCUCGCCCAGGCGUAGCAGGACCAUACGGCCCAACACGUCCCGGCCCACCAGGACCACCAGGACCACCAGGACCCGAUCGUCCAGGCCAACCCGGACCACAAUCACCAUACCAACCAUUGAGACCUGGCGCACCAAGUGAUCCAAGGGAUUCGAAUAAGAAUACACCCGGCUACUUGCCACCUGUCUCGAAAACUGGUAAAAUAACGCAACCAUUUAAAUCAUCAUCAUUAGUUGUAGAAGGUGGUGAGAUACCCACGAAAACCACACAAACCACCACUACAUCUUUUGUGCCAAAUUAUGGUAACAAUAAUGAUUAUGCACAAAAGAAGGUCACCACAACCACUACUAGCACCAAUACUAAUACUAAUACACAAUUUAAUAAUAAUAGCAAUAAUGUUAAAACUCCAUUAACCUAUAUUCCUCCUUCUUCUCCCCCCUCUCCUCCCAAAAAACUCACCACCACCACCACCACCACUACUACGACCAACACGAAUACCAAUACGAAUACGAAUAAUCCGCCAACAUCUUAUCAACAAACCAAUAAAUACUUACCACCGAAUCGCGGACCUUUAACGGAUACUUUCAACCGACAGCAAAGCUCGGUUGAGAAGCAACAACCGCACAAGACUAUAACUACAACAACUACGACAAAUACAAAUACAAACAACGGCAAUAAAUACGGACAAAACUUUGACACGAACGCGUACCAGCAACAAAACCAAAAGACGGUGGAAAAGGUAACAACAACAACAAGCACUUUUGAUACCAAUAAGAAUACAUACACAAACACGGGACAGAAGUUCAACAGCAACAUUGGAGGCGGUGGCUCUGGUAGCGUCAGCCAAACUCCGGGAUACCAAAUUGGUCAGAAAAUAACUACCACAACGACUGGUACAAAUACAUUUGGACAAAUUCCCGGUUUCUAUAAUGGACAGAAAGUUAACGAUAAAGUAGUCGAAAAAAUCACUACUACAAUAAACGACGGCCGAGUGCCCGGUUAUCAGACCGGUCAGAAAGUUGUUGAAAAAGUGACCACCAAAUACGAGACCAAUCGACAACCGGAGCGAAAUGUUGUGACCAAUACGAAUACCAACUACCAAACGCCACGCCCCACUUUUCCACCAACAGAACUGAAUAACGAACGACAGUGUUCCUGCGAAGCAGAUAGAAUACAUUCAUCCAAACAACAACAAACCACAACCACUUCCUUUGGUAAACCGGCGUCGAAUAGUAAUCAAUUUAGUCAUCAACAACAGUUCCAAACCACAACAAUUGCAGGCGGUCAAGCCAGCUUUGGUGGUAUAACCAACGCAAUGUCACUGUUACAACAAUUACCAGUCUUUCCACAAGCGCCCGGUUAUGCAGCAUCCUAUGCACCGGAAAAUAUACCCAAAGGUGCAAUUAUAGCAUUCAUGCCGGUAAUUAUUUUGCCACAAUCGGCUUAUGAGCAAUGCGACAACAACAAUGCCAUACACGCGAAUGACAGAUAUCAACAACAAAAUGUCGAUCCCUUCCCAUUGGGUGUGCAGCCGGCGCCCAUACCGUUCAGCUUCAGCCAGAUUACGGGUGGCGCACGCAAAGAUCAGUGCAUGUGCCCAUGCUCCUGUACACAGAACAUACCAGAUAAGUUCCAUAAGAAACGUGACAUUGACGCAACGGAAGGACUGAAUGCAACGGCAACGGACGUGGGUGAGAAAGAGAGUGCUGCUAGUGCGAAAUCGAGCGAUGAUAGUGAAAAGGAGACGCUUGUGGCGAAAGCGACGGAAGCAUUAGAUAUCGAAGCGUUAAAGGCGGUAGAGAAGGACGAUGAAAAGGAAGUGAGUAAGAGCGCAGAAAAAGAGACGAAAACAGCGGUAAAAGGAGAUAACAAUAAAAGUGACCUUGUUGAGGCGGCAGCGACGCCGGUGACGUCGACAGCAGCCAAGGUUGGCGAAUCGGCGGCGCAGGAAGAAGUUAAAAUCGAGAAGAGUGAGAAGAUCGAAACGCCAACCGAAACAGUGGUCGAAGUGGAAAAGAAAGACUAAAACGACACAGUGACGUUAACAUAACGAACAGAACGACGACGAUACGAAUAAAAAAAAUUGUCAUCUCCAUAUAAAUCAUGCAAGAAAUUUUAUUCAAAUCAAGGAUGACAUUAACAAGAUAUCUGAGGAUAUACAUGAAUGAAAUCAACGUCGUCCGUUAAAAAUUUUAUAUACAUAAAAAAACAACGUCAACAACACGACAGCCACCAACGUUCCGUUCCCGUUCCUGUUCCCGUUCCUGUUCCCGUUCCUGUUCCUGUUCCCGUCCCGUCCCAUCCUGUACACCCGAAAUACGCUUGUUUCUUUUUGCUCAACCGUCAAUACAAAUGCUGUUGAAAGCAUUUCGAUAGUUGUGUACGUGUUCCUGCUACCGAUCGUGCAAGCGUAUUUGGCAGCUGUUUCACUUCCUUACCAGCAUCCUAGUGCAGUGAUAACUCCCGCAUCCUUAUCGCAAUCCUGUCCAACACAAAUGGUUUCCACAUCCUUACGGCAAUCGAUCGUCAAUCCUCAAACAUCCGGAAUCCUUAUCCUAACGCCGACGUACCGAGUAUAUCCUGUUCCUAAUUCCAAUCCUGCUCCCGAUAUCCAGUUGCCGCUUUUGUGUUCAUGUCUUUACGAUGUUAAAAAAAAAAA